CUUAGCUUAUAAAUGCAUGGCAAUGUCGUCUGCAGCAUCUACAUUGCCACCUGGAGGCGAGUCGAGCGUUUCGAGUUUUCCGUGCGUCAGUAAAGCGUGGGUCACCUGUGCUUAACGUGUAAAAAAGGGGCUGAUGCUACAAGGAAUAUAGGCGAGGAAUCGCACAGUCAAACUAUCGAGGAUAACGACACAGAAGAUAAUGAAGACGAUAGCUUUCAUAUGUUUGCUGGCGUACAUGACAGCGGCACAGAAGGCGCCACCCGUACCUGUCUCCCGCGGGGUGGCAGUACAAGAGCUUCCAGUACAGGAAGUACCCCAAGUGCAACCCGGAAGUCUGUUCGUGCGACAGACGGAUGGAGGGAUCUCCACCCUUGAUUUCCAGGAGCUAGCUCGCAACCAGGCCCUUCCGCGCGGUUCCAAUGCUAGGGAUCGCUUCGAGACAUCCCGCCGCACGUUUCAAGGAGUUGCGUCGGGAACCAUCAACGCUGGUGCUAGUUCAGAUGCUGCCAGGGCCGGGGGUGGGUUCAGAGAGCAGGGAGGUGCGAGGGCCGGGGAAGAGAGGGGUGGUGCGAGAGCAGAGGGUGGGUUCAGAGAGAGGGGUGGUGCGAGGGCAGAGGGUGGGUUCAGAGAGAGGGGUGGUGCGAAGAUUGAGGGAGGGUUUAGAGAGAGGGGUGGUGCGAGGGCAGAGGGUGGGUUCAGAGAGAGGGGUGGUGCGAAGAUUGAGGGAGGGUUUAGAGAGAGGGGUGGUGCGAGGGCAGAGGGUGGGUUCAGAGAGGUGGGCGGAAGAGGGCGUGGUCGCUUCCUGGUUCAGCCGGAAGAUGAGAGCCGUCCCGUGCCGCUGCGAGCCCUGUCAGAGGAUGACGUCGUCGCUGGAUUCUCCAUCUCCUCGUCAGUUAAGAAGGAUCAGUCAAAUCUGCAAGACUUCAAUCCCUACACAACGCGACAGCCACGCCCUCUACCGAAACAUAGGCCGCAACCGCCAACCGCAGCGACACGUAAGACGCCUAAUCAUGGAAAAGCGAAGAAGAUCGCUAUUGCACAGACACUAGCCAAUCGGGGUAGAGAUCCAGUGCUGUUUCCUCAGCCGGAUCCCGCCAAUGAGAUCCUAGACGUCGCUGUCGAAUGCGACAUGGAGAGAAACCGCAUGAGCGUGACCUUGACCUUCGAACGCGACUUCGCCGGACUCAUCUACACCAAGAACUCGUUCAAGGUCAACGGUUGCCGCAAGGUGGCGUCACCGUCGCGCUUCCAACGCUUCGAUAUAAACCUGGACACAUGCGGGAUGGAUGAAAACCUAUCGACGGACAACUUUGGCGGCACGGCGACAUUUUCUAACACGGUGAUCAUCAUGAACGAGCGAGAGUUGGGCGUUCUUGAGAUGUGGGACAAGGCGUUCAGGGUCACGUGCGAUUUCGCUGGAGAGCAACGAGAAAAAGCCGUCGACUUUGGAUUGAAAAUUCCUGAGCUGGGUGCCGAGGCUGUGCUGGGUGGCAUGGACCUGCCGACGUGUCGUAUGAAGGUCGUGAACGGUGACAACCCGAUGGCUCCCGGAACCAACAACCUGUUACUCGGCGACAUCGCCAGUCUUGUCGUAUACAUUCAGGACAGCACUCACUUCGACAUCUUUGUGUCGAAUUGCUACGCGCACGACGGGAUGGACAUGGGUCGAAUUGACCUCAUCGAUGAAGACGGAUGUCCGACGCACCGGAAGUUGAUUGGCUAUCAGCAGCACACGACAGAGCUGCUCCCUGGUGACACGCUCGUCUACGCUUAUCUAAAGAGCUUCAAGUUCCCGGAUGUGAAGAAUGUCUUCUUCGAUUGCCAGUGUACGAUCUGCAUGGAGAACUGCUUCCAGCCUCAAUGCGACGGCAGAAGAACUAAGAGAGAUUUAGAGCAGGACGGCGGGAGUCACGUGGCUGCCAACAGCAGAACAUUCCAGUCCAUCAGGAUUAGUCUGCCCGAAGAUAUUAACUUCAACGUCACACGAUCGAGUCACCACCAGAUGGCGUCGGAGGAGGAGAAGCAGACGGCGAUGUGUAUCUCUAAGACAGGAUUUGGCGUUGGCAUGGCCGUCUUUCUCGCCGUGCUCGUAGUCAUCGUCCUUGUCGCCUCUUUCUUCGGCUACCGCCACGUACACCUGCCCGCGAAGCUAGUGGCGUAAUGCAAUCUAUGCUGGCAUAUAUAUAUACCUGUAGGUGGUUUGCCCUAAACGGUCGUCAUAUGUAUAUAAUAUUGGGAGGCCACAGUGAACGAGCCACGUUGGGAAACGCUUAUGUUUAAUAUGAGCUCGACUAAACAACUCUUGCUUAUUGACUAAGCAAGGUGGGUGUACUAAAGGGCCACAGUUCUAUUGGAAAUUAUCUGGGUAGCUAAGGCAUGUACAUAUGUAAUAGGGUGCCAAUCAGCGUAUACAAUGCAUUUAAAAUGACUUGAUACAAUGGUUUUCACUCCUAAAUAAUCGCCUAUGCAACUUACUGCAGGUGACCACUAACGCCACAUUUUUCAUUAUUAUAUUAACUCUUCUUUAUAUUGCUGACGAGCGAAAUUACUUGACCACAUAAUACAAGGAUUGCAUAAUGCAAAUCAUCAAAUAAUGUAAGCGAUCAAAUGAUCAAAGUAAUCAAAUUUCAAAAGAGUCCUAGUUGAAAGCUGAUCUACUGAAGGCUGCCGUUGUAUUUAUUUUAAUUUAUUGUAUUCCUAUUUCUUGAGUGGUUCGUUCCAUAAUCAUUGUAAAAAAUCAUUGCGAGGAUUAGUAGUCAAGCUUGUACAGGCAAUGCAACUGCUCCUCGUUUCUCACUGUUGCACAUUAGUGUCAACAUCUAUUCAUAAUAUGGCUCCCCUACGUAGACACAACAUUUGCGCACAUAUAUAUAUAUAGUCACAUGCGCGAACUAACUGUGUGAUAAUAAUUAACACAUCAGUGUUUCAUCUCUAUUCCGCCACAUCUACGCGUGAUCUACGCAGUCGAAAUCAUAUGCAAUGUAUGAAACUGUAUAAACUCGUGAUGGAAGCCUCUAUAAUAUAAGAGAUCAUUCGUAUAAGACAUCGUUGCACUGCCGGACGCGCAGCGUUCGCUGUGAUUGGUUAUAACGCUCGCAUCCAUGUUGCAUUUUACACAUUUUGCUUUAGUUUAAUCUCAUUCUUAUCCAUCUGCGCCAACCUUGUGAUCAUGUUUGUUGUGACGCAGCUACGAUUAGUUGUUAGUGUUUUUUGUAUACUGUUACUAAUAAACGAUGGCCUACUAUACAAUAGCA